ACAUUUGACAGGAAUACUUGGAGCAUACGCCGUGUCCAAUUGCAUAAUUGACAUCGCCAGCACCGACGGUAGAUUACACAAUCCGAGAACAUUGUUAUGCAGGCACUGUAUACGUUGCUACGAGGAGACAAUCAACAUAUAUCAAGUGUCUCGUACAGCUACUGACGACAAAGUUUCCUUAACUUCUGAGGAUAUCGGAGGCACAGUUAUUGAGGAGAGAUUGAACAUCAAGGGCAUAUCGUGCACAGAUACUGACGACAAAGUUUCCUUAACUUCUGAGGGUAUCGGAGGCAGAGUUAUUGAGGAGAGAUUGAACAUCAAGGACAUAUCGUGCACAGAUACUGACGACAAAGAUUCCUUAACUUCUGAGGGUAUCGGAGGCACAGUUAUUGAAGAGAGAUUGAACAUCAAGGGCAUAUCGUGCACAGAUACUGACGACAAAGAUUCCUUAACUUCUGAGGGUAUCGGAGGUACAGUUAUUGAGGAGAGAUUGAACAUCAAGGGCAUAUCGUGCACAGAUACUGACGACAAAGAUUCCUUAACUUCUGAGGGUAUCGGAGGUACAGUUAUUGAGGAGAGAUUGAACAUCAAGGGCAUAUCGUGCACAGAUACUGAUGACAAAAUUCCUGAACUUCUGAGAAUAUCGGAGUCACAGAGAGCUUGAACAUAAAGGACAUAUCUUCCACAGAUACUGAUGACAAAAUUCCUGAACUUCUGAGAAUAUCGGAGGCACAGGUAUUGAGGAGAGAUUGAACAUAAAGGACAUAUCUUGCACAGAUACUGAAGACAAGUUUCCUUAACUUCUGAGGGUAUCGUAUGCACUAUUUCCCUCUAAUAUUGAGGGAAAGGGUUACUACUAGUGGAAAGGGAUACUACUGGGGGAAAAAGAUUACUACUGAAGGAAAGGGCUGCUACUGAUCGAAAGGUUUAGUUCCUCGGACAAGGUUUAGCAAUUGCAAAAUAUUCGUAUAAUUCCUAUUUCACAAGGAAAGGCAAGACCGAACCUCCCACAAGAUGGCCUUUUCGUCACCAAGGUUGAUAAGACAUGCUUACGAUCCAAAGCUGGUGAUUAUGAUGGUUCUGUUUUCAUACAAUGUCUCAUCUGAUCAAUGUGAUGAAUGUCUGGUGAAAUACUCAAAGCUGUUUGACAACCUCGUCGUGUUUGACAAUCAUCUGUGGUCAAGAUCGGCGCCACACCAACAGUUUUGUUUCCGUCUUUGUCUUUUAGACACCGAGUGUUUCAGUUUUCAAUUCAACUCCAACACCAAUAUUUGUCGGGGACAUGCGUCCACGUUCACGUCGCCUCAUCUCGUUAACACUUCGACAGAAACGGGCAACAAACUAUACCUGACAUGUAAAGGGGAGAAUCUGGUUGGUGCAACUUGCAGGAGUGAUACAGAUUGUGUGGCAAUGGGAACAGUCUGCCUGCUUGGAAUUUGUAAAUGCAGAUCCAACUUCUCUACAGAUACCUGGUCAUGCGAUUCAAAUUAUCUGGGCUGCUAUAGGGACUACCCGACCCGUGUUUUGCCUCACCCAUAUUUCAGGAAUGAUAUGACACCAGAAGUGUGUAUAGCGUACUGUACAACACAGGGAUACAGACUAGCCGCUACUCAGGCCGGCAGUCAGUGUUUUUGUGGCAACUCCAUCCCAGCUGAUCAAAGUCGAUAUGAUGAGAACAACUGCGGACGGCUCUGUGCUGGGGACGUAGCACAAAUAUGUGGAGGAUCUUGGUUUAUGUCUGUAUAUAGUACAGGGCACUCGUAGACUUCUACUUCUGGGCAACGUGCAUCCACUUGUCAUCUAAUAACAUCCUUGUAUGCACUCUAUGCAUUAGAGAAGCGGUGUCACAUAUUUGUUACAGCAUUGUCUUGACACAUGACAUCGUACCCCAAUUGCGUAGAUCGAUGCUCAUGAUGUUGAUCACUGGAUUGUCUGGUCCAGAUUCGAUUAUGUGCACACUGACGCCAUAUUGCUGAGUGCGGAGUGAAACAACAAACAAACCACGGCAGUACAAGCCAGGGAAUAGUACAUAGGUUCAUUUGAUCUUUCUAUAAAUGAUCUUUUAAAAUGUUGAUUCAAAUGAAAACUAGCGUGAUUUGUGCCUUGAAAUCAAAUUCUUAUUUGAUUCAUUUAUGUCCAUGUACAUAUUGUGCAAAUAGUUAGAUCUCAAGCAGUGGUUCGUAAGCAAUUCAAUCCUUAACACUUAUCAUUAGGUAUAUAUGUUGUUGUGUCAUAAGUAAUAAAAUCGUUACCCAUUACCCUUUAUUCUAUAUAAGUGGUGUGUUAUUAUAUAAUGACCAGUAAGUUUUUCCAUAAACGUGUUGUGUAACGAAUGUUUAAUGAUUACCGUUAGAUCUGUAUAGUUAGUAUGUAAAUGACUAAAUCUUUCUUUUGUUCUGUAAAAGUGGAGUAAGUAAUUUAAUCUUUAGCUAUUCCUUUUGUUUUCU